AUGGAGCCACGGCUACAGAGAGCAGGCAGCUGCGAGGCUCCUCCUGAGCCAGCCAUGCAGGUGCCAGCAGGCCCAGUGGCCGGGCCCCGGGGAAGCACCAGCCGCUGGUAUUUCUACCUCAGCAUCGCCAUGCUGGUGGGUCUCGUGGCUGUGACAACCAUCCUGGUCCUAAUGGUCCAGAAGACGGACCCCAUUUCCAGCCCAACUAACACAGUCCCCCUUAAAGGAGGAAAUUGUUCAGAAGAUCUCUUAUGUAUCCUAAAAAGGGCUCCAUUCAAGAAGUCCUGGGCCUACCUCCAAGUGUCAACAGAUCUCAACAGUACCAAGCUCUCUUGGAACAAAGACAGCAUCACCCAUGAAGUCAGGUACCAGGAUGGGAAUCUGGUGAUACAGAUUCCAGGUUGGUACUUCAUCAUCUGCCAACUGCAGUUUCUCGUGCAAUGCUCAGACCAUUCCGUAGACCUGAAGUUGGAGCUUCUGGUCAACACCAAGGUCAAAAAACAGGCUCUGGUGACAGUGUGUGAGUCUGAAACACAAACCAGAAACAUAUACCAGAAUCUCUCUCAAUUCUUGCUGGAUUAUUUUCAGGUCAACACCACCAUCUCAGUCACAGUGAAUAAGUUCCAAUAUGUGGAUACACAUACCUUUCCUCUUGAGAACGUGCUGUCCAUCUUCUUGUACAGUAGUUAG